AGGGAAUGGGGAACAUUUUUCAACUCAUCACCCAACAGUGACCAUCAAACAUUCAUCAAAUAUAGUUGGACUUAUUCUGCAGUUCGCACGCGACAAUGUUCACUCUGCACACAAUUCUAAUCAUUUUCGUGUUAAUAGCCGCCAAACGGGUGGAAUCACAAAAUAUCACAAUUACACCAAGUAAUGCUACCACCAUAAUUGUGUUCAAUAUUAAUCGACCUCUUGUGCUCUCGUGCAAUUUAACGCUCCCGGAGAUUAAUGCGACUCAGCAGAUCAAGUGGUACAAAAAUGGCACAGCUGUGGAGGAGUUAGAGGAGCUGCAGGAUCGCCACCAGGUCAUUCCCGAUGAGCAGCUGCUAAUCAUCGAGCGCAGCCAUCUGGAGGAUCACGGCGAGUACACGUGUUCUCUCAACACCACCCUCGAUGUCCUGGAACAAUCCUUCACCGCCGUGGCGAACGUCGCGGCCAGACUCACGAAGAACACCCAAUUGAUCGAGGGCGAGAAUCUCUGGCUGCACUGUCGCGUCACAGGAACCGAUCCCGUCGUGCACUGGCUCCUCCCGGACGGCCAGACGCUCAUCACCAACUCCACAGAGCGCAUCCAGCUCUUCGAGAUGGAUGGCGUGCCCAAUUCCGCACUGGAGAUCCUCGACAUCCGCCUGGACGAGAGGGGAAACUACUCAUGCAUAGUGAGCAACCUGGGCGAGGGAUUCCAGGGCUAUGAGCCGGCAGCGGCGUAUGGAAUGGUGAGAGUGCGGUCGCACUUGGCCCCCCUGUGGCCAGUGUGCGGCAUGGCAGUGGAAUUCUUCGUUCUCUUCGUCAUUCUCUAUCUGUACGAGAAGUACCGCGACCCCGAAGAUGUCGAUGACGACAGUGUGUGUGACAUGCCGCAGCGCAAGAGGGAUUAGAGAAUCAUGUGUAUCAGAGAGCAAGACAGAAUAAAUUAAUGGAAUUUCAUUGCAACAUUUUCCUCCCAGUUCAGCAAGAAAUAUCUGGGCCAAAAUCACAGUAUCUCAAAGUGAGAGGAAUGCGACACGCUAUUGUCGCUUUUAUGAGCGCAUCAUAAAACA